AUGACGGCGCCGCUCGGGCUCCCCCCGCGCUGGCCCGACGCGCUCGGCUGCCGCUGCGAGGACGCCCCGCGGGAGAAGCCGCGCAUGGAGAGCUUGGGCCACUGCCGGGAGAGCUUGGGCCACUGCCGGGAGAGCCUGGGCCACUGCCGGGAGAUGCUGCCGCACGCCGGGCUGGCCGCCCCGGCCGGCGCCGCCGCGGACGGAGCCGCGUACGCGGAGCUGGCGAGCGCGGAGCCGCCGCGGCAGUGCCCGUCGGGCUCGCUGGGCUACGGCGGCUACCCCUUCGCGCCGGGCUACUACGGCUGCCGCCUGGCCGGCGUCAACCUGCAGCAGAAGCCCUGCGGCUACCACCCGCCCGACAAGUUCGCCGAGGCCGGCGGGCCGCUGGCGGGCGAGGAGCUGCCGGCGCGGGCCAAGGAGUUCUCGUUCUACCCGGGCUUCCCGGGCUCCUACCAGGCCGUGCCGGGCUACUUGGACGUGUCGGUGGUGCCGGCGCUGGGCGCGCACCCGGAGCCGCGGCACGAGGCUUUGCUUCCCAUGGAAGGCUACCAGCCCUGGGCGCUGGCCAACGGCUGGGACGGGCAGGUUUACUGCUCCAAGGAGCAGGCGCAGCCCGCGCACCUCUGGAAGUCGCCGUUCCCAGACGUGGUGCCGCUGCAGGCCGAGCCCAGCCCGUUCCGCCGGGGCCGCAAGAAGCGCGUUCCGUACACGAAGCCGCAGCUGAAGGAGCUGGAGCGCGAGUUCGCCGCCAGCCGCUUCAUCACCAAGGAGAAGCGGCGCCGCAUCUCGGCGGCCACGAGCCUGAGCGAGCGCCAGGUCACCAUCUGGUUCCAGAACCGCCGCGUCAAGGAGAAGAAGGUGGUCACCAAAGCCAAGCCGGGCCACCUGCACGCCACCUGA